UUUCUUUUCUCUUUCUUAUGGUCUUUCUAUGCGCAAACUUUAUAAAAGUUAGUGUCAAGCUUGUUAGCUGUACUUUAUGUUUACUUUUUGUUCAUUCAGUUUAAUUAUGAUUUCAUUCGCUAUCCAUAGGUGCCGCUGAGUUUACUGAUAGGAAUAUAGUGACUCCAUUUUCUUUCUCUUUCACUUUCUCUUUCAUUUCUCUCUGUUUUUGAUCUUCUCUUUCUCUUGGUCUCUCUCUUUUUUCUUCUCUCUCCUCUCUUCAUCGUCCACCAUGAAAAUGAAGAGUAGAAGUCUUUUCAGGCUUUGUGUUUGUUAUUAUUGUUAUGUGUAAUUAAUGGCUUAAUUAAAUUGUGGUGACUAAUGGACUCCAAUUUGAGUACAAGCAGUGCUGGUUCACACAAUAGUGAUAAAGACUCAAUUAUUAUUUUAUCUGGUGAUAUGACACCCGAGAAACGGGGUAGCGGCCAGGUUGGAGGUGAUGGCCGCAAGAGAAAACGUAAGGUUGAUGAUGGAGUAAUCGCUGCUGUUGCUGCUGGGGGAACUGGUAGUAGUAGUGGAGGAACCCAAGGAAUGUCUAAUACCCGUGGACAAACACCAAAUAGUAGCUCUAAAAGUGCUCGUGGUGAUUUAAAAAAAAUGAAUGAAUUCUUCAACAUAAAACAACACCAGAGUUAUUCGCCUAGUCGCUACGGGGGAUCUAGAUCACCAACUUCACAAGGAUAUCAACAUUACAUGUAUCCUCCACCUUCCUCACCAGGUACUGUGGGUAAUAUUCCUGUUUCACCUUCAGUCUCGGUAGCCGGUAAUCCACUAAGCUCGCCACCAAAUACACCAAUAGCAUCUGACUGGGUCGGAGGUAAUUCCAACCCGGAUUAUUCAAAUAUUAUGGGUCCACCGAUGUCUGGUUUAAUGUCUCGACAAGCUACAGUUGUUCCGGUGGGGUCAGUUGUUAAUAACUCAGGAGGGCCUACCUCAGUACAACCACCACCACCGAACGCCAAUUAUCCAACCUAUUACUCAAAUACUUGUUCAAGAGCUGUACAGACUGACGUAACAAUGAAACAAUUACGUGAAAUAGAAAAUAAAUCUGCGUCGGAUUUGGAGGAACGUGAUGGUAAAAUAGACGAUCUCCAGAGGACCGGGGACGAGUUAAAAAGACAAUUACAAGCUCAGUCAAAGUUAAUAGACAAACAAAAAGAACAAUUAGCCAAGUCAACAGAAGUUACCAAAAUGUUGUUAAUAGAAAAAUCACAAAUGGAAAAGAAAGCCGCAAGGCAGAAGUGUAUGCAAAAUCGUUUAAGAUUGGGACAAUUUGUUACUCAAAGGCAAGGUGCAUCUUUUGUUGAAAAUUGGAAUGAUGGACAUGCUUUCACAGAAUUAAUGAAAAAACAGGAGCAGAUAGCUGCUGAAAGAGAAGAAAUAGAACGUCAAAGAAAACUAUUAGCUAAAAAGAAACCCAAUAAUGUACAAGUGAAAAAGGGUGAUAGGUCAUCCAAUGUGACAUCAAAUCAAACAUCCAAUCAAGGUUCCAACGGAAACAACCAAGUGAUAUCAAGUAAUCUGACACAGUUAUCCAAUGGCACACUCUCUGGUACUGGGGCAGCUUUCACAGAUUUUGUUAAGCCCGAGCCAGUGGCAAGUUCAUCUGGAGCUCAAAAAGACUAUACCAUGUAUGAAUAUUAUGAAAUGGAUGAGAUAUUAAAACUUAGACAACAAGCUUUAAAGAAGGAAGAUGCCGAUCUUCAGUUAGAAUUAGAGAAAUUGGAAAGAGAAAGAAAUCUUCAUAUUCGAGAGCUUAAAAGGAUACACAAUGAAGACCAAUCUCGAUUUAACAACCAUGCUGUGCUAAAUGACAGGUAUCUACUAUUAACAUUACUGGGUAAGGGUGGUUUCAGUGAAGUGCACAAAGCUUUUGACCUCAAAGAACAGAAAUAUGUUGCCUGUAAAAUUCAUCAGUUAAACAAAGAUUGGAAAGAUGAUAAGAAGGCCAACUAUAUAAAACACGCUCUUAGGGAAUACAACAUUCAUAAAAAAUUGGAUCAUCCAAGGAUUGUGAGGUUAUUUGAUGUUUUUGAAAUAGAUCCAAAUUCAUUUUGUACUGUAUUGGAAUACUGUGAUGGACAUGAUUUAGAUUUUUACCUUAAACAACACAAAUGCAUUCCUGAAAGGGAGGCAAGAUCUAUUAUUAUGCAAGUGGUUCAUGCCUUGAAGUAUCUCAAUGAAAUUAAACCACCAAUAAUCCAUUAUGAUCUUAAGCCUGGUAAUAUUCUACUUGGUAGUGGAAGUAUUAGUGGAGAAAUUAAAAUCACCGACUUCGGUUUAAGUAAAAUAAUGGACGAUGAAAACUAUAGUCCCGACCACGGCAUGGAUUUAACGUCUCAAGGAGCAGGAACAUAUUGGUAUCUUCCUCCAGAAUGUUUUGUUGUCGGCAAAAAUCCACCAAAAAUUUCAUCUAAAGUUGAUGUAUGGAGUGUAGGUGUAAUAUUUUACCAAUGCCUUUAUGGGAAAAAGCCUUUUGGACAUAAUCAAUCCCAAGCCACUAUUUUAGAAGAAAACACAAUACUGAAAGCAACUGAAGUAGAAUUCCCUGCAAAACCUGCUGUCAGUAUUGAUGCUAAGCACUUUAUUCGAAGAUGCCUUCAAUAUAAAAAAGAGGAUAGAAUAGAUGUGCUAUCCUUAUCCUGUGAAGAUUAUCUUAAACCCAGCACGAAGCAUGGUAGAGGAAGUAAUUCUAAUGAUAAAUCAAGCUCCUGAAUUGGCUGACCAGAAAGACUUGAAACCAACUAACAUUCAGAUUUGAGAAGGACUAUAAAAUCACAGAAGAACACACGAAGAGACAAGCGGAUCCGCUUAAGUUACAAGACACGACAAUAAUGCGAAAUGUAAAUCAAUGUAAAUCAUGUCAAAAAUUUUCCGCUUCAUUAACAUUUUUCAUCCAACUGAAUUGGUGAAUGAAACAAAACAAAAAAGUAUCUUCAAACAGACACUAAAAUUACAACUAAAGAAACAAAAAUGCUGUGCAAAAUAAUGCAAGAUUAUUUUGUUCACAUUCACAACCACAUUUCAACAACAUGAUAACAAUCAAUAAAAUAAUUCCCAGUUUGAAGAGUUUAAUAGCUUGUUUCACUUUCCAAUAAUAAUGCUAUUGAUAUAGUUUCUCCUUAUUUGCUACUCAAUUGUUUGAUGAAAAUUAUUGAGAAGCCAAUUUGGCGAAGACUAAAGAAUUAUUUAUCGAAUUGAGAAUUACAUUUUUCAUUUGUUAACUCUUUAUUGACCCAAUGAAACAUCCCCUUAAAAUUAAUUUAAAAAUCAAAUCCGGAAAGGUUUCCAUCAUUUCCAGACGAAACUGAUAAUCUUCAAAUGUUAUAAAUUUCAAGGGAUAAAACAAUUGAGUGCAAAUUGAUAAAUGAAACUUAUGUCUAAAAUUUUGUCUCAACUGGGAAUUAAUGAUGAUUUUUGUUAAUUAUUCAAAUUGUGUUAUUACCUUCUGUUGUAAUAGCCGUUAUAAGUUGAUGAAACGUUGUAUGUCAAUAGAUUGGAAAAGGUACAAUUUAGUUUUGCUAUUUCAUUUGCUAUUUAUACAUAAAUCGUUGCGAAAACGUUCGACAUGAUAUUAAACGUUCAAUUAUCAUUGAUAAUUGAACGAUAAUCUAAAUUGUGAGUAAAAAUCACUUUAGAUUUUAUAGGAAUUACAAGUCUCUAAAGUAAUCUGUUUUUUGUAUCUAAACAAUUGUGAAACCAAAAAAGAUGACAAAAUUGCAGUCAACACUUCUUAACAGAUUUUGGUUGAUUCAAGUGUUAAAAUUGAUCACUCUGAAUUUGAAUCUGGUUUCUCCAUGAAAAUUUUCAAAUGCUACAAAACUAAACCAUGAACCAUCAUUGAACAUUUACAUCAAUCAUUUGUUAUCAUUCACAGUGAAAGCAGUUUUUUUCAAUAAUUUUUUUACAGCGAAGAAAAGAGUUGAAAUUAAUUUCAAUGUAUUAUUGAAAAUUAAUGAUUAUCCAACAUAAAAUUAAUCAAUCGUUGUAAGUUAUAUUUUUAUUCCAGAUAAUCAUUUGUUUUCAAUGGAUGAAAAUUUUUCUUCUCUGUAAAAAAAAGUAAUGAAAUAAAUGCUUGUAUUUGGUAUCAAACCCCUUAAAAAAUCACUAAACUAACAUAAGUGUAAUCAUCCGAUUGAAGAUGAAUCCCAUAAUUUAAUUGUUGUUCAUUCAGUUCAUUUCCAGGUUGGAUUAAUGAGCAAUUAUUUUAAAAAUGGACUUCAAUCGUCAAGAUCAUUUUUCGUUGUGAUAAGAGCAAAUUGAUUCAAUGAAUCAAUCGCUGAAAUCACAAAUUUGAUAGUUUCCAAGUUUUUGGUAAUCAAUAAAAGUGCGCAUUUCAACACACUAA